AUGGCCGUAAAAAAGCAGUUGGUUGAAAUUUGGCUGGAGUUUGCCGGUCUAAUCCCUGACAUGCCGAGUCCAAUCAAUGACCUUUCAAGCUUGUGUGUGUACUUCUAAUUUUGUGUCCUUAAGAAAAUCUGGUGGCCCAGUGAUGGGGGACGCAACGAUGAGCGUCGCAGCGUCCAACCCAAAUGAGAGUGUUCACAUCGUCAGAGAAGGAUGGGUCCAAAAACGCGGUGAGCAUAUCAAGAAUUGGAGACCUCGAUACUUCGUCUUAAGGGACGAUGGCACCCUGGUUGGAUUUAAGUCCAAGCCAGAUCAAGAAAUGGCAGCUGCAGCUCAACCCCAAAAUAGCUUUACCGUUCGUGGUUGUCAAAUAAUGCCAAUGGAUAAACCUAAGCCUUUUACUUUUGUGAUCAGAGGUUUGCAAUGGACGACAGUUAUUGAGAGAACGUUUCACGUUUAUACAGAACAAGAACGGGACGACUGGGUAAAAGCUAUUAAGUUCGUUGCCGAGAGAAUAGAAAAUGUGGAGCUACAGCAACAAUCACAAAUGCAACAAUCGUCGUCGUCGGAAGAUGUGGAUAUGGAGCAAAGCGGAAGUGGCCGUUCGAAUUCGUGCGGAUCCCUCGGUGUUUUUCAAACAGAUUCCAAUGGUGGAAGUAUCGAUGAAUUAUCCGCCAAAUUUAGUGUUCAGGGAACUUCGAAUAGUAAAAGUUCCGGGAAAAAGAAAGUUACGCUGGAGAAUUUUGAAUUCUUGAAAGUUCUGGGCAAGGGUACGUUUGGAAAGGUUAUUUUGUGUCGAGAAAAGGCGACGGGGCACCUCUACGCGAUAAAGAUUCUUAGAAAAGAAGUUAUUAUUCGAAAGGAUGAAGUGGCGCACACACUUACGGAAAAUAGAGUUUUAAGAACCACGAAUCACCCUUUUUUAAUUUCCCUGAAAUACAGUUUUCAAACAGCAGACAGGUUGUGUUUUGUGAUGGAAUAUGUGAACGGAGGAGAGCUUUUCUUCCACUUAAGUCGCUCCCGCAUUUUCAGUGAAGACCGGGCUAGAUUUUACGGAGCUGAGAUCAUUUCAGCUCUAGGUUAUCUCCACUCACAGGGAAUUAUUUACAGAGAUCUGAAACUUGAAAACUUGCUUCUCGACAAGGACGGGCACAUUAAAAUUGCCGAUUUUGGACUUUGUAAAGAAGAUAUAACAUAUGGAAGGACAACGAAGACGUUUUGCGGAACGCCAGAAUAUUUAGCACCUGAAGUUCUCGAAGAUAAUGACUAUGGACGAGCUGUGGAUUGGUGGGGAGUUGGUGUUGUAAUGUACGAAAUGAUGUGUGGAAGACUUCCUUUUUAUAAUACCGAUCACGAGAAACUUUUUACCCUUAUCCUACUGGAGGAUGUAAAAUUCCCCAAGGGAAUGACCCUUGAGGCGAGAGACAUGCUAACUGGAUUGCUGAAAAAAGAUCCAAACAAGAGACUCGGUGGAGGGCCAAACGACGCAAAGGACAUAAUGGACCACGCUUUCUUCUCGUCGGUAGAUUGGUCCGAGCUAGUGCAGAAAAAAAUUGCUCCUCCUUUCAAGCCCCAAGUAGAAUCUGAUAUAGACACUCGCUACUUCGACAGAAUGUUCACUGGUGAAAGCGUAGAGUUAACUCCUCCCGAUCAAGGCGGUGUUAUGAGCAGUGGAAGUGGCUUAAAUUCCAUAGCAGAAGAACAAGAGCAUUUCCCUCAGUUCUCAUACCAGGACAGUCACUCUACCGCUGAUUCUUCCAAUCCCUCGAACUCGAACCCGAACAAUCACUGACACAACAUUACUUUAUUUGACUUACGCUUUCUAGAUUGCGUCAGCAGAUGAAUUGAACCGUUGCCUUCGUUUUGUGAAAUUCUUAUAAAGUGGUUCUUGAGCGAAGGAUUACACUCGUAAGGGUACAAGGCUUUCAUACUUUCAAACAGAUCGGCUGAUGAAUCGCCUUUUCGAGGUCUGUGAUGUUUUUCUGCGAAUCUUUAGCUACUUUACAAACAUAUCUUCAAGUGACAGAUUACAAUAUACUCUGUAUGGUAAUUGGCUAUGAAAGCCUUCAUCAUACAGUACGAUCCUUUUCAUUUCCUUCGAAACUGUCAAGUUGCAAGAAAAGCUUGGGUGAUAUUUACAACAAGUUGUAAUUUUACCUGGAGAGUGUUUUCACAUCGCAAGGAAUAACUUGAUAAAUUUACGAUCACCGGUGUUGGGAUAGUUAUUAAUCAACUGUACAAUCACGACUUACCACAUGCGGUAUGUAAAUUGAAACUUUGUAAAUAAUUUCGAUAUAAUAUUAUAAUGAAACGUUGGAAACGAACGGAAUCGGUUCACGCAAAUAAAUACAAUUUCUAUUUUAAAAAAGGGUAGAAAUCCUCUCAUUGCUUAGCGCGUGAGGACUCGUUAUUCUCCUUUCUAAAUCAAAUAAAAUUACCCAGCGGGCACAAAACUAUGAAAAUCCCAAGAAUGCCCUUGGGACGUUUCUAGGAUAUCCAAAAGACAUGCUAUAGAAGACGUCUUAGGGAUGCCCCACAGCUCGCGAUAAAUAAUCAAUUUUCUGAUUAUAGUCAAGUAAAAUUAAAACUGAUUGUAGGUAUUAUCCAAGUUUUCUUUACAGUGCUGCCAAAAAGGAUUGAACGGAUUGCAUCAAUUUUUGCUUCCUUUUUUAAAAGCGUAGAAAAUCUUCCUGGAGGAAUUUUUUCCAGGUAGAUUUUAAGAAGAGAGUAGAUCUUUCUUUUGUCGACGAUUUUUUUUUUAUGACAUUGAUGACUAUAUUUUAUAAGCUCCUGUUCAAAGAAAGAUUCACUUCAUUUUCGCUUACAUUACACGAACUAUUGCCAGAAGCAGCAAAUAUUUUAUAAUCAAGGAUCUAGAUUAUCUACAAUAACAAUUCGUAAAAUCAAAGUGUGAGCGAUGCAUAGCGUGAGAAAAUAAAUUAAAUUGAAACAAAUGAAUUAAUCUGUGAAGCUGUGCAAAAUAUCGCCUUCUAUAAUUGUAUGAAAUAUUCGUAAUGAUUUCUACUUACGACGCGUAGCAAAAUACGUACGGGAGGAAGUGUAAAUGAUAAGUACAGGGAAGCACUUUAUACUCGCAAAGUCCUCCCGCACUGUGCAACAUUGUCGAUUAAUUAUACAUUGAUUUACUGAAUGCGAGAAAAAAAACACUAUACCAAUAAGAAAUUAUACAUAUUAUAUACUAUAAUAAUAAUAUUAUAUAUACAUAUAUUUAUAUUUUAACAAGUAAAUGAUUAUACA